AUGCUGCUCAUGCUGUUUGUGAGCACAAGAGGGCACAAUCCAGUCAAAAAUAACCGCCAGCUCCUUCACGACAUCUGGAUCCCAGCACGAUACACUACAAGCAGCAACACAGAGGAACAACACCCUCAUGAGACCACUGUUGAUGCUGGUGAGGGAAACGGCCAGGGGAGUAAGGUGAUAGAGAAAGUGAAGAAGAAAAAGAAGUGGUGGAGGUUGACUUCUUUCUUUGGAGCUCUGAAGAAACAUCUGAAGGGCAGCUGGAACUCAGUUCAGGGUGAAGUAGAGCUGCAGCAAGAGCAAGAGCAGAGUGAGCGAGUGAAGCCUCAGAGCGAAUGUAAAGCCAGAUGCAGUGAUGACUACACUGUCAGCCACAAGCACCGGGGUGAUCAGCUAGGUGAAGGUGGAUCUGGUGCUGAGGCGAGACGUUUGGAGGAUGACCCUGAAGUGUCUGUGAAACAUCUCAACAAGACCGAUGAAGACGUGGAAGGUUUAUACAUUCUUGGAUAUCCACACCGUCUUCCAGAGGAGAUCGCCCUCAACAUCCUGGCGAAUAGAGGCCCGGAUAGCCAUGCAUGCGAUCUCAGCACACCCCCAAAACACAGCCCCAACACGGAGGAACAACAUCCUCAUCCGCGCGACGAGACCGCUGUUGAUGCUGGUGAAGGAAACGGCCAGGAGAGUAAGGGUGAAGUAGAGCUGCAGCAAGAGCAGGUGCAGGAGCAACAGGAGCAGCAGAGAGAGGAAGCGAAGCCCCAGAAAGAACGGAAAGCCAGAUGCAGUGAUGACUUCAUCUUCAGCCACUACCAGCUGGGUGAUCUGCUAGGCAAAGAUGGAUUUGGUGUUGUGUACGAGGCGAGACGUUUGGAGGAUGACCUUAAAGUGGCGGUCAAAUAUGUCGAUAAGACCAAACACUCCAAGGAAGGUUUAUGCAUUCCUGGGUAUCGGCAACUUCUUCCAAUGGAGAUCGCCCUCACAAUCCUGGCAAAUAAAGGCCCCAGAGCGCCAGAGAUCAUCCAGCUGCUGGACUGGAAGGACUACGAUGACCAUUUCGUCAUGAUCCUCGAAUGUCCCUCUCCUUGCGAGACUUUGGAAGACUUUGUGAGGCGUCAGGGUGGAAGUCUCAACGAGAGCUUAGCACGGCAAGUCAUGAGGCAGGCGGCUCAGGCUGCGAACGUAUGCUGCCAGCGCCAAGUGUUCCACCGUGACAUUAAACUGAACAACCUUCUCAUCAACAACGAGACACGUGAAGUCAAAUUAAUUGACUUUGGGUGUGGGGACAUUCUGAGGACAACUGUCUACAUGUCAUACUGUGGCACAGCAAUAUACUCCCCUCCUGAGUUUCACAUAAAGGGGAAGUAUCAUGACAAGCCUGCGACGGUUUGGUCACUGGGGGUUCUGUUAUUCAGAAUAGUGGCCGGAUAUUUUCCAGAUUUCUUAGAUCUGCACAUGCUCAAACUGCACCUCUGUUUCAAAACUGGCCUGUCAAAAGAAUGCUGCAGAUUGCUCCGCGCUCUCCUGCAAGAAAAGCCGAAGAAGCGAAUUCAACUGGAGGAAAUCCUUUCCCACAAGUGGUUUACAGUUCUAAACCUAAGAUCACCUUAA